UCAUACAGCACAUCAAGUCCACACUUUUCUAAUUUAAUUCCGAGGACUUUCGAACUUGAUCACCAACGUCAAGAGUAAAAUGAGAUAAGCCUGCAGAACCGAUUCCAUAAUUCUGAGACUGAAGAAAUUAAUCUCGAGAUAGUACUAACAUACAAGCUCGGGGAUUAAAUCCGCAUGGAUCGAAAAACUCUAGGAAUUUUUUAGGGGUGGUCCCUCACUACCCGGCCGCCCCAUUGUGGAACUGGCCGAACCCAUAAUGGGCUUCUUAGUACCCAAAAGUUUUUUUUUUUUAAUUAAAUUUAGAAUAAUCGAGUUAAAUUAUUCUCCGAUAUAAGUCAAAUUUCUGUUAUUUUUUCGGUUUUUUUUAUAAUUUUGAAUUUAAUAUGUUCUUUCGAAACACCGAAUUCGAAGCUGUAAAAGAUUCGAAUUAAGUCUACUUAUCCAUAAAAUGUGUGUAUAUCUAUUUAUAUUUUCUUUAUCGUCUUAUAUUUUCCAAAAUACAGCCGAUAUUAUUAUUGACUCGAGUAACUAUAAUAUAAAAAAUGUAAAUACUGUUCGAUAUAUGUUAUCAGAUGGAGGAAUGCAACUAUCAGUUCAAGAUAAUCUGUACAACUUUACACUAGAAGAAGAAAACUCCAUAUUUCUUGCGACGGUUAAAAUCUUUAUUCACAAAGAAAGGGGAAUACGGAGAUUAACUCUUUCUAACAUACCGGGAUCAUCUUUGUAUAAGGGAUUCUUAAUUAACCGUAAAGAAACAUCGACGCUUCUGGGUUAUUUCUACGAUGGAAUGUUUAUAGGGACAUUCACGUAUGGAUCUCAAAGAUACUAUGUGGAACCAACGAAUGAAUAUUUUAAUAAUAAGGUUGAUAAAACAGGAAUUUUUUACAACAUGAGAGAUGUGGAUUUCAAACCAAAAUAUCCAGACGGAAAAUUAAUUUGCGAAGCAACGAAUACAGAAAAGUACCGAAAACUGAAAUCAUACGAAAGACAUUACUUCGAUUUUAAAUUGAAGAAUUUUACUAUUUUAGUUAAAAAUUUAUUAAUGAGAAAAACAAGAAUAUGUUCGUUAGAACUUUUAGCAGAUCAUACAUAUGCCGAAUACAUGCAGUUGAAUCGUGGCAAAAUCGUCGCAGAAAUGCUUUUACACGUCAAGAUGGCCGAUAACAUAUUUCGAAAUACCGAUUUUGAUGGAGAUGACCGAGGCGACGACAUCGCUUUCUCCGUCGAGAAAAUUACAAUAUACGAAACAAAAGACGAACCGGGUUAUCCUUUGUCAACGGAAACCAAUGAUUAUAAAAUAUUUCUAAAACAUCUAACUCGAUAUAAACAUCCGUAUUGUAUGCUGAUCUGCUUCUGCCACAGAGAUUUUCGGACUAAUACGCAAUGUGCGGUUUCCAAGGUAACUAAGAUUGGAGGCAUCUGUCCGGAAUCAAAGAAGCUGAUGCCAAAUAAGAAUGUCGCUUUUAUAAGCAGUUUAGAAAAUAAUUAUAACAUACUGAGAUCUCGAAUAGCGCUGAAUUUAGUCCAUCAACUGGGGCACGCAUUUGGAUGUCACCACGAUCCCGAAAGUAAUCGAUUUUGUAGUCCAGGAGACACGGCUCGGACUGAAGGAAAUUACAUCAUGCAUCCACGUUUACCUUACGGAACUUUUAAAAAUAACUGGAAAUUUUCUUUCUGUUGUACUAACACCAUUAAGAACUUUUUCAAGAUUUCGAGAAUAGAGAAGUGUUUAAAGAAGAGAGGAGAAUCGAUUUGCGGAAAUGGAAUCGUAGAAGAAGGAGAGACUUGCGAUUGCGAUUCCUCCAAAGAAAUUUGUACAGACGUUGAAAGGUGUUGUUCACUUAACGAAUAUUCGUCGAAAUGCACGGUGAGAAAGGAAAAGACUUGUUCGCCGAUUAAAGGACAAUGCUGUGACGAAAAUUGCGACAUUGUAAAAUCUGAUAAAAAACAAACGUGUUUCAGCAAUAUAGAAUGCUUUAACACAACAUCACUUUGCAACGGAAGUUCUCCAUUUUGUUACGCAGUAAUACAGUCGGACGUACACCUUGCAGAUAUAACUCUCAAACGUGUCAAAAAGGGCAACGCUAGAGCAACGUCUGUGCCGAUGACAAUACUAAACUUUGUCGAAGGGUCGUCGUUCCGAAUGUCGUAUAUAAAUAAUUUGAAUAACAUCAAUUAUACCAGAGAAAAUUAUAGAUCUAUGCUUAAUCUAAAGAGUAUAAACCGAAUCUCUUUUAAGACUUAGAAAAUUAAAAAGAAAGAAAAUCUUAUUUUAAGUUUUUAAAAUAAAUUCUAACUGUAGCUUCCGAAAAUGUAUAAAGUGGCAAAUGUUCCCAUACAGUUAUCAGAUGAGAACAAAGUCUGGCGUCUAUAUCAAGACCGUUGGUUUCUGCGUGACUUACGCACGGUUAUCAUCGGAAUAAAUCAAUCCUUUGAUGGAAACUAUAAACUAUUAAUGUAAAAAUUUAAAUAAUCUUAAAGAUAUAUUAACGUAGUUGGAGAAUUUUUAUAAUACAGUCUUGUUUACGAAAAUCCGUCUUAUUGCCUUCAGUAGAUUUUUGUGUUUACAAAUUUUUAUAUAUUUUUUCAAAAAUUACUAACGCAAACGAGCGG